AUGCGCAGCGCCUUGACAAAGUUCGAUGAUAUUCCAGGACAGCUUCCUGAAGCUACAGUGCCUGACGAUGCUGACUAUGCUGAUAUCAGUCAGAGCACAAUUGCAAGAUUGAACAACUUGGAUAAACAUGAUCUGACGACCUUCGCUAUAUGGCGAGAUAUUCUGUCCUUUACUGACACUUUUCGAACCUUCCACUCGGCCGAUACCGUGGUCCACACACUGUCGCAGCUUAGUGCUAGCAGAAAACGCUCAGACUUCCGACUGGUAUCGAGAUCUGAACCAAGAAAAGUCCAAAUCCCUGAUCCUCCCUCCAGCUGGCUGGAAUUCGACAUAUCAUUCACGACGAGGGAUGAGGGACUCGUUGGCAAUGGCGCGGGCGUUGUUUCAGUCAUGCGAGCUGCAGACGGUACUUGGAAAAUCUGGAUGCUACGAACUUGGCUUGAGAACUACGAGGGACAUGGCCAUCCUGACGACAUCAGUACGCCGGACCGAGUCCCUGAAAGCAAUGGUGACCAUUCAAUUUACGAGGCGGCCAUCAUAGGCGGCGGACAUGGCGGGCUCGGCGUAGCAGGACGAUUGACUGCAUUGAACAUUUCGAACAUCCUUUUCGACAAUCGACCGCAGAUUGGAGACUCAUGGGGACACAGAUACGAUUCUGCCAAGUGGCAUACUAUCAGGGAAUAUGGCAAUCUGCCCUUUGGACGCACUUUCACCGAGGCCGAUCCCAACUUACUUCCAGCAAAACGCAUCGCCGCAGCGUACAAGGACUGGUCGAUCAAGUACGGCUUGAACAUACGAGCCGGGACUCACAUCCAGAACGCGAAGUGGGAUCCUACUAGCGAAAUCUGGUCCAUCACAGAUGGGAAACAAGUAUGGAAAGCCAGAAACCUCAUUCUCUGCAUCGGUCCAGGUGCAAAGACUCCCGUCUCUCCUAGUUGGGCCUCUCAAGAAGCAUUCAAAGCCAGCGGGUUCCAAGGCACAAUCAUCCACUCCGUUAAUUACCACAACCCGAAAGGCUUCGAAGGCAAACACGGCAUCGUCAUCGGCACAGCCAAUACCGCACACGAUGUAGCCGAAGACAUGGCCGAUCUCAAAAUGGAUGUUACUAUGGUGCAACGCAACCCUACCUUCAUCUUACCAGGAGAGUGGCUCGCUAUGAGCCAUGGGAGGAACUACCACCUCAACAAGCCAGCACAUGUAGCAGAUCGGCAGGAAGCCACAAUGCCAAACAAAAUUGCGCGGGAACUAGUAAAUCGAAAUAUUCACUUCCUCGUCAAGCAGAAUUCGAAACGUUUCGAUGACCUCGAAAAGGCUGGCUUUAAGGUCGAUCGUUUCGGAUAUUUACUCACGAAUCUUUCUGUUCGGUUCGGUGGGCAUUAUAUCGAUGUUGGAUCUUGCAAGCGGAUCGUGAAUGGCGAGAUUAAAGUAAAACAGGGCGCGAUACAAGGUUUGACGAAAGAGGGACUGCGAUUUGAAGACGGGACAGAGAUCAAAGCAGAUCUAAUCGUCCUCGCUACGGGCUUUGAUCAUGAUUUUAGGAAAGAUGCUGCGGAGAUAGUAGGGUCUGAAGUCGCUGAUCGAAUGGACGAUUUUUCUGGUCCGGAUUCGGAAGGCGAGACGAGAGCCUACGGGAAAUAUGCCGGUCAUCCGCAUCUGUACUAUGGUGGAGGUGAAGUUCGGUCUUCACGAUUUUACUCACAAUUCAUUGCUUUGCAGAUCCAGAAAGAGAGUCUGGGGUACCCUCUCAGCCCGUAUCUGGAAGGACGGUUGUAG